CCGUCGCUAAAAUCGCUCCCAUCUUCUUCUUCCUCCUCGAGCCCCCGUGCCUCGGGAUUUGCUUCCCUCCAUUCCCGCGCGCGCCACCUCUGCUCUCGAGCCAGCUGACAAUGCAAUGCCGGCUUCCCCAUCUCGUCUACAUAUACCCGUCCCUCUCCCUCCCGCUGUAGCUAGUACUGCGCUGCCGCCCAUUUCAUCGAGCACCACCACCAUGGAGGACCUCCGUGCAAAGAGGAUGGCGUGCUCCGGCGGCGUCGGCGGGGAGACGUCGGCCGCCUCCAGGAUCAUCGCGCAAUGGGCCGCGCGCCGCCGGCAGGCCCGCGAGCAGAUGGUGCUCGACCUAGACCGCCGCGACCGCGACUCCGAGCUCCUGGCGCUCGCCCGACUCCACGCCGUCUCCACCAUGCUCGACGCCUCCUCCUUCCUCCGCGCCAACGACGACGACGAUGGCGGCGAGAGGCGCGCGCUGUCACCGGAGCGAGCGCUCGUGCGGCGGAUCGCGCGCGAGUGGACGGCUCCCGCGCCACCGCAGCAAAGCUCCCCGCGCGGCGAGGGCGCUCAGGGUGAACAGUGGCUGGGCGAGUCCGAGCGCGAGCGCGUGCGCUCGGUGCGGGAGCGCGUCCGCCGGGCCAGCGUGGGCGACGGCGAGGGCGACGCCCACGCGGAGCAGAGAGACAGGCGCCAGCGCGACAGCGACCAGCCCAGGCUCCGCGAGCGCCGGAACGUCGUGGCGCGCAUGGCCAUGGAGCGGCAGCGCGAGCUUCAGGGCCUCUCCGAGCACCGCUCCGUCUCCUCCUUUGCCCACCGCGGCCGCAUUCAGUCCUUGCUUCGAGGUAGAUUCUUUCACGGUGGGAGGCCUAUGCACGAUGACAGAUUACAUGCUGUGGCAACCAGAGAAUUAGGACAGCUAAGACAGAGACAUGCUGUCACUAGACUGAGGGAAGAAAAUCGCUUUAGAACAGAGGACAUAGCCAAUGAUCAUGCAAGUAACCGUUCUGGGUCAAUGGGAGCUGAAAACAGUACUGCCGGUAGUGAGCAUCGUACUUCUAUAGAUCAUGUCUUACAUGAGGGUGAUCAUCAGCUGGGGAAUGCUAAUGUCAAUCAUGAGAUCCAGAUGUUUCAAUCAACAGAAGAUCCAUCUGUCAAUGCAGGAAUAGCUUUACCAAACAACAAUGAUGGUUCCCACAAUGAUAUUGAUCAAGAACACAUGCUCAGUUACGACGAGUAUUCAGAGUCAGGGUCCUCAGAACAGGGCAGCGAACAAUCUGGUUCUUCCUCUUCUAGCCCGUCCGACAACAACAGUGUGCGACAAGAAGCUGGAACUCAUGGGCAACCAGAUAAUUUGCAAUGGUCAAGAGAGAUGUCUAGUAGCGAGGAAGGAGAAGACGGCGUUUCCGAAGAUGGAGAUGAGGAAUGGAACACCAUCAAUUCUCAAGAAGCUUCUGAACCACACUGGCAAUCACAUCAAAGUUUCUCUGCUGGCACUUACAAUAACUGGUUUGGUCCUCCAGAAGAUGCUGUCUACGGAGUAGAGCUUAGAGAACUCUUAAGCAGGCGUAGCGUCUCUAACCUUCUUAGUAGUGGCUUUCGUGAAAGUCUGGACCAGCUUGUACAAUCCUAUGCCCGAAGACAGGAGCUUGAUGAAAGGCAGACGCCAACCUCAGGACGUGCACUGAGCGAAGAUCAUGCCGGACGUGGGAUCGACGAACCGAAUCGUGGUGACUGGAACCAUCGGCAAGCGGUGCACUGCCCUGAAUUUGAGUGUGACGCCAUCCAUGUCCUGCGAGAGGACCUGACUGGGCUCCAGCGUGGAAUGACCAACAUGCAGCAGAUGCUCCGAGCAUGCAUGGAGAUGCAGAUAGAUAUGCAGAGAUCCAUCAAACAAGAAGUUUCUUCUGCUCUGAACCGCUCUAUACCCAUUCAAGGGCGGGCUGAUGGCAUGCUAGGCGAUCCAUCACGGUGGAUGCUAGCAAGGAAAGGAACCUGCUGCGUCUGCUGCGACAACCAGAUCGACUCGCUUCUUUACAGGUGUGGGCAUAUGUGCAUGUGCUCAAAGUGCGCGACCGAGCUGCUCCACGGGGUCGGCAAGUGCCCGCUGUGCCGUGCGCCCAUCGUCGAGGUUGUCCGAGCUUACUGCAUAAUGUAACAGAUCUUACAACAGAAACAGGAGUUCCUGCUAGAGGAGAGGAGUGGUUAAUUGGAAUUGGAGACUUUGGUUCUGACUGCAAGGGUUGUAUACUGGAGUAGUUUUUUUUCGAAACCACAGCUGUUAGUUCUUCAUUGUUUUCUGUAGCUUCUAAUGUGCUAUUGUAGAAGCUUCUAAUCGAGCAGCCUUGAGAUGCAAUAAGUAAUCUAUUAGGAUCGUUGGCAGUAUUAGUUUUUCUUGGAUUAUGUCUCCUACUCAUGAAUAUGAAGUGGAGGGGCAGAUACUCGCUGUGUUGGAAGCAUGUGAUUGAUAUAGAAUUAUGUUACAACGGACGCCUGGUAUUAAUACAUUCUACCAUUUGUUCCCGAUGACCA